GGUAAGUACCUCAGUAAAGCGCUUGUAUGUGUCCUUGGCCUUUUGUAAACAGUUCAGGCACUUCUACUUCAGCUAUGGCCACAAUACAGAGCACAACACAUCAGCAGAUUCUUCCUAAAGGUGAACAUAGUGCGUGUGUGUGUAUACCUUGAGUAGUUGAUGCACAUGAUUUCCCGACGAAAGUGCCCCCAUGGUAAGCCUGGCGUUGCAAUGUAGCUUCGCUAAUGCAGUAUCUAGGGACUUGAAACAGGACGGUCUUUGUGUUUAAAACCGUUCGCCAACACCCGUCAGUGCAGUACCUCAGCAGCCUGUGAAGGAUGGAGGUAUCCAGAAUACUAUUGCUAUGACCAUUACUAGCUCUUCCGCUCUCUUCUUGGCGUUGAUGCUUCGCUAUCUGACGAACAAGGGCUGCUCUCAGAUCCUGGGAUUGAGAGCAGAAAGUGGUGUAGCCAACUGGCCAUACAGUGUUGCCCUCUGCUGAGCUGAUUCCUGCUGCUCCUCACCCUAGCCAGUCUCCCAGAGCCUUCACAUGCUGUUGGUCAAGAUCCUGGCAUGCCCUCUCCAGCAGGUUGAACAGACUGAUUGAAGAUGCCAAGUGACAUGUGGAGCCCAGGAAUACAGACCUAACAAGGUAUUGGAAAGAGAAACACCUCGCCAAUCACAUUGUUGAAUCUCUUCGCCUGUUUGACGGUAUGCUCCUGAUACACUAACCAACCUCUGCUGGUUGUUUAGGCUCUGACGAGAGCGCAAGUGCUAUGCGCACGUGUGCUUAGAGGCUUUGAGCUGAUUGCUGCGACUAGUACACCACAAACACAGUGUCGCCCUAGGAUGGAUAGAGCGUUCAUAUAUAUUGGUAUGAUUUCGGACAGAUCAUACCGAUGCUCAGAAAGUCCAUACAUCACACACAAAACUCAUAGUCCCCGUGAAGAGAGACUGUAUUGCCCACUCUCUGUAUGUUUAGAAUGGUGAUUUUAUUAUUUCUAACACUAGCAUUACGAACCUCCAUUUCUUCCCUGAUUUUCAUCAUUCCCUGUACUGAUCAGGGCAGUGUGCAGGUUGUGGUGCUCUCUCCAGCUGGAGACACAAGGAGGGAUGUGGUUGCAGGGGUUGAGUUUGGUUUGCUGACAUGAUCACUGUGCAUGUUCAGCUUGAAGCUUCCCUCGGUCCUUAUCAGCUCCGAUCUACAUCCAGACUUCAGAGGAAGGUAUUGUGCUGUCAUGCAUGUUAGCCCACUGCCAGAAACUGCAGACCUAUCACGUGUUGGUUCAAGGUGUCUGAGACUCUAGCUAUCAGCAGGAAGUGAAGGGCACCAUCUCAGCUGCUAUGUUGUCCCCUACAGUCUCAUUGGCUAGAGAACGCUGCUUUCUCUCACGGCCAGCGAUAUAUGGACAUCUUCAACCAUCUAUGUAUUACAUCAUCCAGGUUUGUUCCAUGAGAUGGAGAGGUUUUGCCUUCACAUGGCUAGGGAGUGGUCUGCGGGAUUCAAUCGGAAGACAGCCUCCUUGUGUUCCCUCAGCCCUGAAACCAUGCCGUACCGACGCUGGACAGUCCUGCACUAGCCUCAGAAGUGGAGACGAUUGCGGUGGAAACCGGGAGAAGACUCAGUGGCUAAAGGAAGUGCAUAACUCGUUACAGACACCUCUGCCUAUGGACCCGCCGUACUAGAUGCUCUGCUAGUCUCCUUUCCACUGGUUGAGUUGGAGCAGUUACUGGCCUUGCGAGGAUCUCCUGAGCACUAAUCUGUGAUGGUACCGUAUACCAACUUGAGGGCUCCCAAAAGCUCAUACACCACAGCACUAGGCAGACCGAUGGUGAGGUUGUCUAGUUCAUGUGUGUAGCAGCCAGGACAUGAUGGUUUGGGAGAGAGUUCUAUCCACCUGCAGCAAUGGGCACAAACUAAGCUACCACAGGAAAGCUCGAUGGGCUGCUUCAGGAUGUCACAGCAGAUGGGACAGAGAAGGUUCGCCACAUGUUCUGGUAGGUACUCUACCUCGUCUGUGGAGUCAACAUAGGAGGUGUGUUUUAUCCAGCAAAAUGCAUCAAUGGAGUGAUGGUAUGGUAUCCCCUUUGAGGCAGCAGUAGAUUGCCUCUUCAUGGCGGCAAAGCAUCUGUUGCAGAACAACUCCGGGUGGACAUCAGGGUCAUCAGUCCCAACAGAAAUGCCAAAUGAAGCCUCUAGCCCUUCUGUGUUGUUGGUGCAUUUGUGUACAGGAGCCCUUUUCUUGGCUCUCUGCAGCCUUCCUCCACAUACACGACAAAGAAUGUGGAGUUGGUGCACAUCUGCCAUUGCCAGACACUUCUAUUUUGUAGCUGGCUCUAAAAAUAAGUAUCAUUUAGAUCCCUAUAUUAUUGAAUACUUCCACUCUU